CCCUUGCUGCUGCGCGCAUCGUGAUCCUCUAGUGUGGAUGCAGAGUUUUGCAGCGAGUAGGGUCACCUUCUGUCACUGCAAGGGAGAAAUCCGCGAAUUAUUUGGAGGGCUGGCGUUUGUAGGCAGACCACUCGGGUACCAGCAGUAGCAGCAUCAGCAGCAUCGUUUCUGGUGAACACCCACUGCGGCCUUCUGCUCUGUGGAAGGCGUAUGUACCUGACCUCCCAUUGGUGGAGAAGUGCUGGAGGACCCCAUCUCUUUUGCAGAGGACAGAUUUAGACGUCAGAGUUCUUCGUCACAUCCAGGAAAAUGUCGGGCUCCUACGAUGAAUGUGCGGGUUUUGACGACACCAUGGACAGCUUUUGGGAGGUGGGGAACUACAAACGCGCCGUCAAAAGGUUUGAUGACGGACAUCGACUGUGCAAUGACCUGAUGAGCUGCCUGCAGGAGCGCUCCAAGAUCGAGAAGGCCUAUGGAGACCAGCUGACCGCAUGGGGCAAGAGGUGGAGACAGCUCAUAGAGAAAGGUCCACAGUAUGGCUCAGUGGAGCGGGCCUGGCUGGCAGUGAUGACGGAGGCGGAGAAGGUGAGCGAGUUGCACCAAGAUGUGAAGAACAACCUGGUGAACGAAGACGUGGAGAAAGUGAAGAACUGGCAGAAAGAAGCCUACCACAAACAGAUGAUCGGGGGAUUCAAGGAGGCCAAGGAGGCAGAGGAGGGCUUCAAGAAGGCCCAGAAACCAUGGGCCAAGAAACUCAAGGAGAUGGAGACUGCAAAGAAAGCCUACCACAUGGCCUGUAAGGAGGAGAAGCUGGCUGCCACCAGAGAGGCCAACGGGAAAACUGAGGCAUCUGUCACACCCGACCAGCAGAAGAAACUCCACGAGAAAGUCGACAAAUGCAAACAAGACGUGCAGAAGGCCAAGGAGAAGUAUGAGAAGUCCCUGGAGGAGCUAAACAAGUGCACCCCUCAGUACAUGGAGAGCAUGGAGCAGGUGUUUGACCAGUGUCAGCAGCACGAAGUCCGGAGACUCAACUUCCUCAAAGAGGCUCUGCUGGACAUAAAGCGCCAUCUGAACCUCACUGAGAACCAAAGCUAUGCCACAAUAUACAGAGAGCUGGAACGCACCAUUUUGGCUGCAAACUCACAAGAGGACCUCAAGUGGUUUAGCAACAACCACGGACCGGGCAUGCAUAUGAACUGGCCCGCAUUUGAGGAGUAUAACCCAGAUGCUGCUGCUGCUCCUCCAAAGAAAAAGAAACCAGAUGGAGCCCCACCCACUCCCAGUACAGACCAUGUGGCGCCACCUGGUGACCGCAGCAGUGUGAGCAGCUAUGACAAAAACCAAACCUACUCAGCCGAAUGGUCCGAUGACGAGCAGCCCGCCGCUUACUCAGGCAACGAAAAUGGAGGCAACGGCAACUCUUUUGAGGAUGAUUCUAGUACUGGCAAAGGGGUCCGUGUGCGUGCCCUGUACGACUAUGAGGGACAGGAACAAGAUGAGCUCACCUUCAAAGCAGGUGAUGAGCUGACCAAGACUGAGGACGAAGACGAGCAGGGCUGGUGUAGAGGACGUUUGGACAACGGUCGGGAGGGACUGUACCCAGCCAAUUAUGUGGAGCCCAUCUAGUCAUGUGACUAGAGAAGGACACGCCAUUGGAGGCAGCUCGAACUGUCCUGUCCAAUCGCACCGCACAUAGCCAGAGACUUAUGAGCAACACAUCCCCUGCCCAACAGAAGCGCCAAGCAUUCCCGCUAAUAAAACUUAGUAACCCAAAAGACAAUAGUAUAUGUAUCCUAUAAUUUCUCCAUCAUUGGGUGGGUGGACCUAACGCAUACAGGAGCAGCCUGUAUUACAGUAUAUACACCCUAACACCGGGACAGUGCAGGACACAUCUGCUUCUCUGUAGCUGUAUUUAAUGUCUACAGCUUACUGUGACAAUGGGGAGAUAUUAUUAUUAUUAUGCCCAUUCAACCAGAUAAAGCUUCUCUAACCUGCAUUGUGUAUAUACAAUGUGAUGCCAUUUUUGUGUAACAAAUCUAAUGCUGUGUGGUCAGUUGUCAUUCUUUACAUGGGGAAUGCUGUGUAGUGUUGCCGUACCACAACAGUAUCCUCUUCUGUUUUGUUUUAUGUGAUUUGGUCCGACCUCUUUUCCAGUGUGUGCAGUGCUCUGUGUUAACUGUUUCUCAGAUUGCAUAGCAGCAUGUGCUAUGCAAAGAACCCUGUGGGCUACAACCUGAUGCAACACUUCAACUCUAAAUGCAGUCUUCAUUUUGGCCAUCUCAUCCUCUGGACAUGCUCAUGCUUUGUUCUAUCAGAGUAAGCCUGAUGACAAACUGACUUGUAUCUUUUAUUUUGUUUUUAGCAUUACCAGUAUAACUCCAUCCCCAUGUUACAGAUGGGCACAGUUCUUGGUUCAGUAACACUUUUUUUCUUCCGCUUAAGUAAUGCCCUCAGACUGCUGUUGGUUGGAUCAUCUUCUUGAGGUUGCAUUUGAGAGGAGGCUUUCGAGCUGUGCUUUUCUUCCAAAACAAAGGGCCGGACUGAAGCGUGACCACGCAUUUCUGUCUGACCCAGCCUCUCAGGACAUGAAUGUACAAGUGUGUGGGCUUAAGGAAGCACUCAACAUGGCUCCUUGUGUCAUGUGAAACCUGGCUUGCAUUUGAUUUUGUGGCCCGUUUACUUGCUGAGCCAAAGAAUGACUUGUCCCCAUCACUGUUCUGUUUUCAUGCAAUAACUCCACAUCACAUCAUGGCUUCAGCAUAAAUCAACUUGUAGCCGCCCCCUUAGAAACCUUAAUGUUUUUAUCCCCAAACAAGCACUGUGCAAUGACACUAGUAUUUCACUUAUUAAAAUAUCACACAGUGCAAAUACCUUGCUUCAUAGAAAUUACGUUGUAGCAGCACACUAGUUAUCAAAACUCAGUUCCUCCUAACGGCAGUACAGGGCACCAAAAUCUCUGACAAACUUUGCAGAUGAGAGAUUGCCUUUUAGUCCAGAGGUUUUGAAAAUUCCCAGAGUUUUGAGCUCAGUGUUAGGAUUCAACAGGUCUGUGCGUCACACUUGAGGAGAACGCAUCACCAGCUCACAAGUUGUGUCUUAGAGUAAAGCUGUACAGCAUAGCAAAAAGGACUUGUACCAUCCAACCUCCUUAUAUAUCUACAUAUGUUCACACGCAUCCACUCUACACGUAACAUGCAACGCACAGCCAGGCGAUUCUUCGGGGCGCAUAUCCUCCAGUGUGUAUGAGUUGUGUAAAUGUAAUGGAAAAAAUGUACAAAAACUGCAAGUGAUUGACUAUUAAGACAAAUGUAGUGUUAUACAUGUAAAUGUGUUCAUUAAAAUAACAGCAAUGGAAACUCAUAUUAAGUAAUAGGAAGCAUAUCAUAUGGAUUUCAUUGCAAUGAAGUUGUCAGUGUACCAUAAAGGCGUGCCGUUACCCCACGCUGUCAGAUUUGUACAUGAUGAUGUAAUUUAAGAGUAUAUUCUAUUGUAACUGUACAACUGUGUUGAGUUGAAUUGAGACCUAACAUGUUGAGGCAGUAAAAGCUGUAUGUGUAAAGGCUUUCUUAUGUUUAUGAUCUCUUCCUUAUGCACACAGGCUCACACGGCCUGAUAUUAGCCGUCUAGAAAUGUCUGUUCAUAGUUAGUGAUGUAUUUUAUCUCCUAACUGGUGUAGUGCCUGUUCAUCUCGAUGUAACAAGACGUUCAUUUAAAUAUGCAUAAAGAUAAUUAUGAUCACACUUAUGACAACAGUGAUGGAAAACCUGAAGCAAACUUGUUGUAGUGGUGUCAAUAUUGCAAUAUUGAUUUGAAAGGGAAAAAAGCUGUUGAAAACGGAAAAAAAAAAA